GUAUGAGAUCGUUAACUCUCGCGUUUUUCUUGGUGGCGUUGUGGGCCCACGUACGAGGGCAAGCAAGUGUUGUCAUCCAAUACCUCGAGAUCCCGCAGUUCCGCAAUGAGAUCAUCGUGUACCCCCGCUUCAUAUUGACGCCCGACGGACGGAGACUGCUGCAAGUGACUGACGAUUUCAACUUGAACCUCGAUCCGACCAAUGUGUUCCCCCCUCAAAUUCUCGUCAGGACGUUCGAUUCGCUCGGCAACCCGAUCGACGAGAACAUGGACACCAAAGACAUAUCGGACGGAAUCUAUUUCGAUCCGAAAAACGGCGCCUCGAUCCAGAUGAAUAAGCCCAAAGUCGUUGGAGGCUUGCCGGAGUUCGUCGGCGUUCUCAGUAAUGGGCUCAGGAUCGUCCCGGUGACUGGUCGAAACUCGAGGAACGGAGCGAUGCCGCAUAGAGUAUUCCGCUACAAGGAUCGUCAGUCGCACGAGCACGAUUUCGUGCUGCCGUUGAACUUGUCCAUUUUCAAUCCGUUCGGCACGAGCGGCGUCUACCCUGGUCUGGAAACAGCCCCCUUCAAGAUACGCCCCGAAGUCAUGAUGGUAUCCGAUACCGCGCACAGUUCGAAAUUCUCUUCGAAAACAGAACUGCUCCGGUACAUCGGCACGUUUAUGAACGCCGUUAACCUCCGAUACCGCAGCGUCAGCGGGAUGGAUUUGCAGUUGAAAUUGGCGGGUGUCGUGAUAAAUAACGUGGAGAACGAGCCCUACGUGCGCGGAUACGGAGGUCACGUAAUCGCGGACCAAACGCUCGCCGGUUUCGCCCAAUACAUCAACUCAGGCGGCAUUCCGAGUGAAUUCGAUUUGGCUUAUCUGAUGACGGGUCGCGAUAUGGCUGCCGUGGACCCGUUCUACGGCUUGCAUCCCGGAGUCGCGGGUCUCGCCUAUGUCGGCGGCGCGUGUACCCCGCAACGUACUGGAAUGGGCGAGGAUUUGGCGGGUUCGUACGACGGGGUCCAUGUUGCGGCGCAUGAGAUCGCGCACUUGUUGGGCUGUGUUCACGACGGUGAUCCCGCACCCUUCUAUCUGUCGGGAAGUCCCGGUGCCCGAGAAUGCCCAUGGGAUCACGGGUUCAUCAUGAGCUACAAAGACGGAGGGAGUAACCGAUACAAGUUCUCUCAAUGUUGUGUGAAUUCGAUGAAGUAUCUCGUGAGGAACCCGGGUCAUCACUGCUUGAGACACGAAGCCACGCUCCCCGACCCGGUCCCGAGCGCCCCGAUCAAGCCCGUGGCUCCGAUCCCCCUCGACACACCCGCGAGCAACACUAGAUCGGUGAACUCUUUGACUCUGCCGCAGAGCCCAACUCGGAUCUCGUCGUUCCUGCCGUCCGUGCCGGAAUUCCCGAGCACCUUCCACUUCCCAGGUCUGAACAGCAUCCAGAAACCGCAGACGCCUGCAUUGCGGAUCGACCGCAGCUUGCUGUUGAACAACAACCUGCCCGGAGAGAAGGUAUCGCCUAGCCAGUACUGCAAGCAGAAGUAUCCGCAAAUAAAAAAUGUCUGGAGCGAUGGGAGCAUCAGCGAACUAGGAAAAUGCAAAAUCAGAUGUGCCUACCCUCCCAGAUCCGAUGGACUUUACUUGUAUCAUGUGACUAAUGCUCUCGACGGAACUUCGUGCGGCUCUGGCAGACGGUGCAUAAACGGAGCCUGCAUAUAGAGAAGCGGCGUAGUGUAUAUACCUUAAGGCCCGGGGACCCCUCUGUCAACAUUUCCCGCAUGG